GCAUUGGAGUUGAAGCCUUUGUUUUGGUUUUUCGGAGCUCCACGUUGUUGUUGCUCCGGUUUGGUUUUUGUGGUCGGGAUCUGGAAUGAGGCGCGUAGCGGGAGGACGAAUCGGUUAAAUGGAGGGAUUCGACAUUGAGAAUUCGGUGAACGUUACACAUUAUCUAUAGGUAUACUGCAGUAUAGAGCCUCGCGAAAAUCCGCAUUGAAGACGCAGCCCCAAGAUUCGCCACGAGAUUCGCCAUAAUCGCAAGGUAUGCGGCAUAUACGUACGGAUACAACUAUAUAGUUAUACACCGUGUGCGCGAGUCGAGACAGGAGAGCACAGUGUGUGCACUGUGCACUGUGCAGUGUGCAGUGUGGAUGGGGCCAGUGCCCGAAAAACAAUGGCCUCUUAGCAAGGAAUUUGGUUGCUUUCCGCCGCGACUCGGUAAUUUCGCCGAGGCCAUUUUUCCGGGCAGCUCGCAGUCGGCGAAUCGGCGAUAACGUGCCAACAAUAAGUAUAAAUACUUACAACCUGACCGGAGCUAUAGACGAGGACGGUGUGGAGAGGCUCCUGAUUUGAGGUAUCUGAGAUUUUAUACAGAAAAUGGCACAGGCACUAGCCAACAAUUUGGAUUGGGAUCCUCCUGUCCGUACACAUACAGUGGACAAGGACCUGGAGUUCUUCUCAACUAUCGACGAGGCGACAAAGUCUUGGAUAUAUUCUUUGCACCACAUUUGGGGACUGUGGAAAAAGAGUGUUGGCGUCACACAAACUCUGUGUGAAUAUUUUGAGACGGCACCUAAUCCCUACCUCAGCACAUUGAGGAUUUUAGUUAAUUGUAAUGACUUCUACCAUAUAAAAACUAGAUCUUCUCUAACAUUCACAGUGAUCGAGGAAUUUACAAAAUGGAUCACACCUUGUAAAGAUAAAUACAAGAACUGUCUUGUCACUGACCUGAAAAUCGCUGCCUUUAAAUUAGUUAGUAAACAAAAAAACAUGCAACUUAUGAAGAUGGUUGCAGAGGUUUAUGAAUUCCACACAGAGAGUAGGAUUUUCAUUGGUUUUAUACAGGAUUUACUUAUAGAAAAAAAGUUCAAAGAAGCCGGCCAGUUUGCAGAAAUGCUAAAACUUCAGAGAUCAUUCUCGGAUCCAGAAGUACUAUUACUGCCGUUAAUUUUACAAAAUAAGGUUACCAUUGCUGAAGAUCUUAUGAAAGACCAACCAGAAAUGCAACGCACAUUUGUAACUUAUCUGGAUAAUUUACUCGCUCCUGACAACAAUGUACAAGCUACUUUGGAUCAAUAUAUAAUAGAUAAUAAUAUACCUGAUGUAAAAAUAUCGACUCUACAACACAAACCUAUAUCCAAAUUAGUUGCCCGAUUAGCAAAGUUGUAUAAUCUUCCUCCUGAGGCUUGUCCAUUCCUGCACAAGAAAAGAGGAGAAGGCGCACUUCAAUUUUUGGUUUACAAGCGUUAUGUGGAUGGUAGUUUCAGUGUUGAGAGUUUCAGAGAAAUGGCAAAAGAAGCAGUUGGCUCUGAUCCCAGGUUGCAAGCAGAAAUUUUGAGAUCUCUUGUAAACGCUAAUGAUAAUCCAGAAGCUUUAUACUUUGCCCAAACUUAUAAUGUACCAAGAGAUCAAUGGCCAUGGCAUCUUGAAAAUUACGUAAAUGACAAUCCUGAUUUGGCUAAUAACUGCGUUGGAAACGAUUCGAGAAAUGACGAAAAUUGGGAUGCGGACGAUAACAGGAUAUAUUACACCCUCAAGUUACCAAGAGAAUGUAUUCAAAUAAUAAAUGAUCAGAAAUCUUUUGAAGAUUUCUUAGAUCAUGCAUUGAGAAAUGUCAAUGUAGUUGGAAUCGACUCGGAAUGGAAGCCAAGUUUUAGUAUUAGAAAACCAGAACUAGCUCUGAUUCAAAUUGCCACUGAGACAAACGUUUAUAUUCUGGAUGUUACAACCUUAGGGAAUAAGGUUCAACAUCUUUGGUCCGAACUCGGAAUAACUUUAUUUAAUAAUAGAAGUAUUUUAAAAUUAGGUUUUGGUAUAGCUCAUGAUAUAGCUGUGAUUAGAGAGAGUUUACCAGCUCUUUCAAACAUUCGAGCCUGUGGGGAUGGCUACUUGGAUCUAAGCCACUUGUGGAAGAAACUGCUCAAAGAAGACAAUUUUGUAUUUCCAUUCAAAGGCGAUGAAUGCUUUACAAAUGAAAACUUAAGCAAAUUGGUAGAGCUAUGCCUUGGACAAAGAUUGAACAAGUCUGAUCAAUUUUCCAAUUGGGAGCGAAGACCAUUGAGAGAAAGCCAAAUUCUUUAUGCAUCGCUAGAUGCAUAUUGUUUAUUGGAGGUUUACAAUGUAUUGGCUGUGCAAUGUGAUCGUUUAGGAAUACCUUUCCAGGAUGUAUGUCACCACAUGCAUCAUGCACCUCAUAAAUCAUCAACAAGUGCUGAUGGUAAGAAGCCAUCGAGAUCAAAAAACAAAGCAAAAAAAACACAGAAUAACAAGAAUGAUUAUUCAGGUAUGCAGUCCCGAGAUGCACAUGCUCAUGCUCAGACACAGCAAUUUUCUCACAAGCCGUUGCAAAGCCAUCAAAGUCACAAGCCAUCAAAAAGCCCACAAAACUAUAGGCCAUCAAACAGCAGGCAUCAUAUGCCAAGAAGAAAUCCUCCGAAGAAUGCAGGACAACCUUCGGAGUCCGUGUAUCGAGAAAAUCAUACCCAGGCACCACAACAUCAACAACCUCCAGAAUCGUUUAUCAACCAUAAUAAUACUGGUCCCCAAGGUUGGCAGGAAAAUUCACAGGCCGCCGCAAAUAUGAUUCAAGGAGCAGUCAGUAGAACGACUCGAUCGGCACCCAGAUUCGUUUGCGACGCGAUGCUGGCAGGAUUGGCCAGACAGUUGCGAAAAUGUGGUGUGGACUGCGUAUUUUUUGAACAUGAUCGAGGAGGUGAUCAUUCUUUCCGUACGGCUCUCGAUGAGAGAAGAAUACUUCUUACGAGAAACGGAAAUUUUGAGAGGUUCAAGCAGUACUUACCACCUGGUUGCUGUUACAAUAUUAUGGAGUACAAACAAGAGGAUCAACUUUCCGAAGUUAUUAAUUACUUCAAAAUCAGUGUCUCUGAAAACGACAUUUUGAGUCGAUGCCAAUUGUGCAAUUCUAAUGAGUUUGUUUUUGUCUCAAAGGACACAAUGCUUCAGCUUAUGCAGCGUUCUGGGCGCAAUUUUCAUUCACAACCUGGUCCGCCCUCGCCUUAUGGAGGCGAUAUUCAUAAUCAUUGGGAUACACCGGAUAAAGUGAGGCAAAUGUCGAAUGACAUGCCGACACAGGAGCAAGCCAUGUGUCGUUCGUGGCAGGUGUUUUACGGCACUUUGAACGUGUCAAGCUGUACAACAAAGUACAACGCAAUAGUACAAACAGAUCAAGUUCCACCAAACGUCUUGCAGCAUGUGAACAAGUUUUACGUUUGCGAGGGCUGCGGUAAAGUUUACUGGUAUGGUUCACACAUGCAGCGUGUUCUUAAUGGAAGUUUAAGGGAUAUCUUAGGUUAAGAAUCUAAUUUCGAGUAGUUACAAGUUACGCGUGGAGACAAAAGCGAGUUUUAAAAAUUGUGUAUUUUUUCACUUUUAAGACAUCGACUAAAUUGUAAUUUAUACUGUGAACGAAAUUUAUUUUUUCGGAAAUCUUCGAUCGAUCUAAAAUACUCGAUCGAAUCUGCUUUGUGCAAUAUUAUAUAAGUAUUAAGUAACGUGUGUAUUAUCAAAAAUUGAAUCAAAGUAAGUUUCGGUAAUUCAAGUAUUUCUAUUGUGCAUACUGUGAUUUUUAAGAACUCACUUUUGUUUCAAUUUGAAAAGUGUGUUCAUGAAGCAGUGAUAUAAACACGUUUUUACAUUACACACUAUAAUAUAUAAAUAUAUAUAUUUAUCAAUUUGUUCCGCCAUUAUUUUAUUAAUGAUUAUGAUAUAAUAUUGUGACUUAUUCAAAACGAAAAAGUUUCUCUGAAAAACUCGUGCUACAAAAUGCACGCUAUUCAUUACAGCUUUAAAUUGUCAAGUUUUUGUUUGAAAAAGUCACAAAUAAUAAUAGAUCUGUCUUUAUAAGAAAAAAAGCUGUCGCUAUUUUAGAGAAAUUUUUUCUAUAAUAAUAAAUCUGUUCGUUGUUUUAUCAAUAAUGUGUUACUGCCAAACCAUGAAUUUUUAUUGAGUAUCAAAGUAUACAUGCGUGAUAUCGCUUUAUUAUGAUAAUGGAACCAUGUCUAGAUGUAUUUUUAUGUGUUCCUGUGGGUGAGUCAUUUACAAAUGCUAACGUUCAUAGUACUUUAAUGAAGAAAUAAUAAAACCUCUAUGUACACAGGGUUACUCGCUAUAUAUCGAAUUAGUUUGUUAUAUAGUUGCGUAAGGUCGGUCCGUUUACCAAAUCUAUGUCUUCGAAGGGAAUGUGACCUGACAUCAUAGUACAAGAUAACAAUUAUUUUCGUUCAACAUAUUAUACGAGAUAUAUUUUAGUUACGCGAGUAGGAUAAUGGAGUAAAUGUAUGAACGAGCGUAAUAUUUUUAAUCCACAUACUGUGUAUAAAACUAUACGAAUUUUGAGCAGGUAUGCAGAAUAGCUUAGGGCUGCGUAAUAUUUUUUUAGCCAUUCAAGAUUCUUAGCUACAAAUUAUCGUCUUAUUUUUUAUUUAAUCAUUAAAUAAGUGCUGCAUCGUUGUUAAUUAAAAUUUUCGUUUUAGUAUUGUAGAAUAGAUGAUUAAAAAUAUUAAUUUUCACAACUUAUAAAGCCGGAAUAUAAGAUAAAUCGUAACCAUGAGUCUUGUUAGGUCAUAAAAAUGUUAUGUCGUGCUUGGAUUUAAAAAAGUUUCUACGCUAUGCGGAUAGUUUCUGGCUUUGAUUAGAUCUAGGGUAUAUUGAUGAUAAAAAUACUUCUCGGCUUAAAAAACAAACGAUUUUCCAGCAUGAGAUGAAUGAAAAAAAAAUGUAUUCGGCAUCGAAUAUUAUAUCUAACCCAUACAAAUAAAACUUCCUUCCAUUUUUCGAAUUAA